AUGUCCAGCGGCAAGACCUUCACCCUCAACAAUGGAGUAACCAUUCCUGCGGUGGGCUUCGGUACUUUCGCCAACGAAGGUGCCAAAGGCGAGACCUACACCGCCGUCACUCACGCCCUCAAAACCGGCUACCGACACCUGGACUGCGCCUGGUUCUAUCAAAAUGAAGGAGAAGUCGGCGAUGCUGUUGCAGAUUUCCUCAAAGACAACACGUCCGUAACACGCAGCGACAUUUUCAUCACCACAAAAGUCUGGAACCACCUCCACGAGCCUGAAGAGGUGAAGUGGUCUCUCCAAAACUCUCUGGAAAAGCUGAAGUUGGACUAUGUCGAUCUUUUCUUGAUCCACUGGCCGAUCGCAGCGGAGAAGGAUGAGAAGAACAUGCCAAAGUUGAACGAAAAAGGCCAGUAUGUGAUCAAGCAGGAGUUGACCAAGAACCCCAAGCCAACAUGGCGGGCGAUGGAAGAGCUGUAUGAGGCCGGAAAGGCGAGAGCUAUUGGCGUCUCGAACUGGACCAUUCCUGGUCUGAAAGAUCUCCUCAGCUGGGCCAAGGUCAAGCCUGCGGUCAACCAGGUUGAGAUUCAUCCUUUCCUGCCCAAUGACGAGCUCGUAAAGUUCUGCUUCGAGAACGGCGUUCUGCCCGAGGCAUACUCGCCGCUUGGAUCGCAGAACCAGGUCCCUUCAACAGGAGAGAAGGUCAACACGAAUGAGACCCUGAACAAGAUUGCAGAGAAGGGCGGAAACUCGCUUGCACAAGUGUUGAUCGCUUGGGGUAUCAGGAGGGGAUAUGUUGUGCUGCCAAAGAGCUCGACACCCUCACGUAUUGAGAGCAAUUUCAAGAGCAUCGACCUGAGCGACGAGGACUUUGAGGCCGUGAAUCAGGUUGCCAAGGGUCGUCACACGCGCUUCGUGAACAUGAAGGGUGAUUUUGGUUACGACGUGUGGCCAGAGGAUAGCAACAUUGCCGAGGUUCAGAAGUGA